GGUAUCAAGAGGCUUCAAAUUGGUGAACAACAAAAUCAAGCGAGGCGAAAGCAUAAGAGCAGAAGCACGAGAACUAGAAAGCACAGUCUAAAGAAUUUUAUUACAUAGAGAACUCAGAUUUAUUCAUGUCACAAAACAAAAACUAAGAGUGAGACAAAUUAACAGAGCUUCUUCUUCUUCAUCUUCAUCUUCACCAUUGCAUCCUGAGGCAGAUCAAGGCAGUGAUAAUGGACAGGGGAAUUUACAAAGAAUGCAUGAGAAAUCACUCUGCCAAGCCCGGAACAUACACAGUAGAUGGCUGUGGCGAGUUCUGCUCUCAUCAAAUUACAUCAGCAGGAGACUAUUGUGCCGCCUGUGGCUGCGCCAAAUACUGGCAUCGCAGAAUCACCCUGGAACACCUCGAAGCUCCUGCCGAUGAUACCAAGCAAGUUUCAGAAGAAGCAAAGAAGCCCAAGUUGAAGAAGGUGCAAGAUCAAGAAUCAAGAUUUGGAGAAAGGAAAAGAAGGAAGAGCAAGUUCACGCAGUUUCAGAUAGAAAUAAUGAAAAGCUUUGCUGAAGAUCUGGGAUGGACAUUGAAACAUAAGGAUCGUCAAGUUCACAUAACGAGGUUCUGUUCAAGAAUACAUGUCAGUAGAAGUGCUUUCAAGAAUUGGGUUAACAAUAACAAGAAUCGUUAUGCCUCUGCGACGUCGUCGGCUAAAUCAGCGACAAAACUUUCUCCUACCUUGCUUAAGGCCGAUUUACCGAACUAAAGUUCCUUUCAUGUAUCAUGUUCUUGCUUUUGAUCUUCUUGUUUUUUAAUUCUUAGUUUUUUUUUUCUCCGUUCUUUUUACAUUUUUUUUCAGUUUUGAACAUUUUGAACUAAUUAAUUUCAAUUAAUUUUAUCAUGCUAUAUGGA